AUGAGGCCGCACCACCUGCUCGCCCUGGUGCUGUGCGUCUCCGCCGCCAGGGACGUCUUCGACUGGACGAAGAACGAGGGGACGUCCUUCUACUACGGCACCUUCCCGACCGGUUUCUCUUGGGGGGCCGGCAGCUCCGCCUACCAGACGGAAGGAGCCUGGAACGUGGACGGCAAAGGGAGGAGCAUCUGGGACGCCUUCGCCCACGUGGAGGGGAAGAUACUGUCCAACGACACCGGGGACUCCUCGUGUGACGGCUACUCCAAGUUCAAGGAGGACGUCACCUUGAUGAAGGACAUGAAGCUGAACCAUUAUCGUUUCUCCAUCUCCUGGCCCAGGAUUCUACCAAGUGGACUGAAGAGUGACCCCAACGAGCGAGGGAUCAAAUACUACGAGGCCCUGAUCAGCAGCCUGCUGGACCACCACAUCACGCCCAUCGUCACCUUGUACCACUGGGACCUACCUCAGGUCCUACAGGAGCAGUACGGCGGGUGGCAGAACGCCAGCAUGGUGGACCUCUUCAACGACUUCGCCGACCUGUGCUUCCAGAGGUUUGGAAACAGAGUGAAGCACUGGAUCACCUUCAACAACCCCUGGUCCAUCGCGGUGGAGGGGUACGAAACCGGGGAGCACGCACCGGGCCUGAAGCUGAAAGGAACAGGAGCCUACAGAGCAGCUCAUCACAUCAUCAAGGCUCACGCUCAAGUGUGGCACACGUACGACAGGAAGUGGCGAAGCAGACAAAAAGGCCUGGUUGGGAUCUCCCUCACAGCUGACUGGGGGGAGCCGGUGGACGUCACCAACCAGAGGGACAUGGAGGCGGCGGAGCGAUUCCUCCAGUUCUCUCUGGGCUGGUUUGCGUCUCCCUUCUUCAGGGGGGACUACCCUCAGGCCAUGAAGGACUACAUCGGCAGGAAGAGCGGCCAGCAGGGCCUGGGAGCUUCGCGGCUGCCCGUCUUCUCGCCUCAGGAGAAGAGCUUCAUCAAGGGGACCUCCGACUUCCUGGGCCUCGGCCACUUCACCACCCGCUACGUCACCCUGAAGAACUACCCGUCGGGCCUCGGGGACAGCUACUUCGCCGACCGCGACCUGGCCGAGCUGGUGGACCCCCGGUGGCCGGACCCCGGCUCCGAGUGGCUCUACUCGGUUCCCUGGGGCUUCAGGCGCCUGUUGAACUUCGUUAAGACCCAGUAUGGAAACCCCAUGAUAUACGUGACGGAGAACGGCGUGUCGGAGAAGACGCGCUGCACCGACCUGUGUGACGACUGGAGGAUGCAGUACUUCAAAGACUACAUCAACGAGAUGCUCCGAGCCGUGAAGGACGGGGUGAACGUGAAGGGCUACACCGCCUGGUCCCUCCUCGAUAACUUCGAGUGGGACCAAGGCUUCUCCGAGCGCUUCGGACUCUACUACGUGGACUUCAGGAGCAAAAACAAGCCGCGCUUCCCCAAGGCCUCCGUGCACUUCUACAAGCGCAUCAUCAGCUCCAACGGCUUCCCCAACCAGAGAGAGGUGGAGAGCUGGAAGAGGAGAGCCGUGGAGACCUGCUCCUCCAGCAACCAGCUGCUGGCGGUGGAUCCACUGAUUGGUCACAUGGAGAUGGUGACGGAGGUCGUGGUUCCCACCGUGUUCACGCUGUGCAUCCUGCUCAGUGCCGUCUUCCUCAUGUUCCUGCUGCGGGGACGCCUCUGAAGACACACACACACACACACACACAUGCACACACACAUGCAAACACACACACACGCGCACACACACACGCACA